CUCUCAGCGGCUCCUCCUGGUUUAUUCUUAGCACCUUGCUUCUGUGUGACUCGGGAAUGCCACGGGGCUUGUAUGCCUGGUCUCUGGGAUCUGCAGUGGAUGGGCAUUUGUGACAGCACCAUGGGACUGAAUAGCACUCUCCUUGUGAUGGCCCUCCUGCUCUCGGGAGCUGCUGCUGCCCUAAAGAGACGGGCUUACUUCAAUGAGACUGCAGACCUGCCGUGUCAAUUUACAAACCCUCGAAAUAUAAGCCUGAGUGAGCUGGUAGUGUUUUGGCAGGACCAGGAAAAGUUGGUUCUGUAUGAGCUAUACUUAGGCAAAGAGAAACCUGACAAUGUUGAUCCCAAAUAUGUGAGCCGUACAAGCUUUGACCGGGAGAAUUGGAUCCUGCAUCUCCACAGCAUUCAGAUCAAGGACCAGGGCUCGUACCAAUGUUUCAUCCAUCAUAAAAGACCCCAAGGACUAGUGCCCAUCUACCAGAAGGAUUGCGACCUCUCCGUGUUCGCUAACUUCAGUCAACCUGACAUAAGGCAAAUUUCUAAUAUAACAGGAAGAUCUGACAUAAAUUUGACCUGCUCUUCUGUACAAGGUUACCCAGAACCUAAGGAGAUGUAUUUUUUGCAUGAAACUGAGAAUUUAACAACCAAGCAUGUUGUUCUCAUGCAGAAAUCUCAAGAUAAUGACACGGAACUGUACAAUGUUUCCAUCAGCUUCUCUUUUUUGGUCCCACAUGAUACAAACAACGUGAGCGUGAUCUGUGUCCUGCAGCCGGAACCACCUGAGACAGAGCUUCACUCCAAACCUUUCUCUAUAGGUCCAAAGAAAAGUGUUAGUCCCAAGAAUGAUAAAAACUACAUCCUGCAGAUUGUUGGAUUAAUACUUCUACCGUUGAUCCUUGUAUGUUGGAUAGUGCUCUUUCUAAUAAAACUGAGGAGACAGAAGCGGCAGCCGAAACGCUCUCAUGAAGGUCAUGAAUGUGAAACUGUCAGAGUGGAAGGAGAAAAGAGCCAACAGAGUGAGGAGAGAAGACCAGGCACUUGAAAGAUCUGAUGAAGAACCCAGUACACUUUGAAGACAUCCUCAGGGGACAAAAAUGCUACACGUUUUUAAUUAAAAUAUAAAUAUCAAUUUGUAUACUCUUUUCCUAUCAAGUUUUUAGCCAACUUUUUGUUGUCUCUCUAACUGUUCUCAAAAGACAAGAAAAUACUAUUGUUCAUAGGAGGUAUGGGCUCUAGGACUCCCUCUAGGUAAAAUAGUCUCCCUGUCAUGCCAGGAGCAGAUUUUAAUUCUCUAACUGCUUCUUUUCCAUUUCAGAGCACCCUGUGGGCAAGCCCAGCCAAAUAGCUCCUGGCCUGGGGAUAAUCUUUAAGACCAACGCUUUUGUUUCAGAUCCAGCCUUCUGUCCUAGUUUUAUAAAUUGUGAUUUUACGUAAAACACCCAGUUCCUGGAAUCCUGGC